GCCUGCGGAGGUUAAAGUUGAAGCGGAACUGAACCGAGAACCAAACUUUUCUGGUUUAUACUAAUGUGAUAAGGAUAUAGCUGCUGUUGUAAUGUUAUUCAAGUCACUAGUGGGGAGUGCCUGCACUCUGCUCGGAGCUGCAACAGCCUUCAAGUUUGCACCUGUGGAAGUCAAGGCUCAAGCAGCUGCUCUCCUUCACAGCACAGUGAGGAAGUCACUUGUGGUGGAACAAGCAAAUAUGAGGGUUGAACUCCUGCCAGCCCUCAGUGACAACUACAUGUACCUGCUGAUCGAUCCGGACUCCAGAGAAGCAGCUAUUGUUGACCCCGUGGAGCCAAUAAAGGUUGUGGAAGCCGUCAGAAAACAUGGCGUAAAACUCACAACAGUUCUAACCACUCAUCACCACUGGGAUCACGCUAGUGGGAAUGAGAAGAUGGUAAGGCUAAUGCCAGGACUGAAGGUCUAUGGAGGAGACGACAGAGUUGAUGCUAUCACAAAGAAAGUUUCUCAUUCCAACACUUUCAAACUUGGAUCGCUCAAUGUCAAAUGCCUGUUUACGCCGUGUCACACGACUGGUCACAUCUGCUACUACGUGACUAAAGAAAAUAGCACUGAGCCGCCAGCUGUUUUCACGGGAGACACGCUGUUUGUGGCUGGUUGUGGUAAAUUCUUUGAGGGUACCGCAGAACAGAUGUACAGAGCCUUGAUAGAAAUCCUGGGACGCCUGCCUCCUGAAACACGUGUUUACUGCGGUCAUGAGUACACCAUCAGCAAUCUGAAAUUUGCACGGCAUGUGGAACCAGACAAUGAAGUCAUUCAGGAGAAGCUAGCAUGGGCAAAGGAGAAAUGCAGUAAUGGAGAACCCACCAUCCCGUCCACUUUGGCAGACGAAUUCACAUUUAACCCCUUUAUGAGAGUAAAAGAGAAGUCCGUGCAAGAUCAUGUGAAGCAGACAGACCCGAUUGAAACCAUGAGAACUCUCCGGAAAGAGAAAGAUGGCUUCCGGGUGCCGAAGGAGUGAUGUCCGGUCCACUAAUGCUAACUGUUCCUGAACAACUGCUUAUAACACUGCAAGCUGUCAAUAGCAUACUACAGAAAAUACCUGCAAUGCAUCUUCAGUGCCAGUUGAAAUACCAGUAGAUCCACUGCAUUAACUCUCAGUCGAGGCACACCUUUUUGUUCACUAAUAUGGCGAUAAACCUAUCUGUCAUUAUUUUAGUUGUAUUUGGUUUGUUUGGAUCAUGUUGGUGUGAUCGUUUUAAGGAAUAUAUGGCCAUUAAUUGAAUUCGUUAAAUGAGAAAAUGAGUUUGUUCAUCUGUAAAUUGGAGUUUUAGAGUCUAUUUACUUUUAUGUUAUAUUGAUGUAAUAUAUUGAUGUACAAAGUACUGUUUCAUGAAGGGUACUAAUUCAAUUACUUAAACAAGACAACGAGCGGCUUAAGUAACUAAUGUUGGACUAUGUGUAAAAUUUCUGUAAAUUGAUAAAGUACUUUCUGUAAA